AUGUGCGACAUGGACUGCCUGGAGAACCUGAUCGCCAACACGGCGUACCUGGAAGCGCGCAAGACCGGCGACGGAGGCGCCAAGGAGACCGCUCGCCGGAGCAUCGCGCUGCCCACCCGGGCGCAGGGCCAGAGUUUGCGCAAAACCAUGCCGGACUCGAGCGUCGACUACGGCUCCGUGUGCGAGACUCAGCCGAUCGGCAGGCACUUCUUCCGCAAGUUCCUCGACUCGCAGCCGCAGUACUCGAGCGUUGUGGCUUUCGCGGACGCCGCCACCAAAUUCGAAUUGGCCGAGGAGGAUGACGGCGGUGGGCGUGGGGCGAUGCUGAACGAGGCGCUCGCGUUCCUGCAUCGGGGCGGCUCCGGCGAGCGGCCGGCGUUCGUGAGCGACGCGCUCGCCGCCGCCGCGGGCUCGCAGGACGCGACGGAGCGAGAGGCGGCGGUCGCGCUCGCCAAGCGAGAGAUGAGGACGUUCCUGUCGGGCGAGCCGUUUCGCGAGUUUCUCGAGAGCGACUCCUACGAGAAGUUCCUCCAGUGGAAGGUGCUGGAGGGGAAGCCCGUGACCGACAAGACCUUCUACGAGUUCCGCAUGCUCGGCAGAGGCGGCUUCGGAGAGGUGUGCGCCAUGCAGGCCAAGGUGUCGGGCAAGAUGUACGCCUGCAAGAAGCUGGAGAAAAAGCGCCUCAAGAAGAAGAACGGCGAGCAGAUGGCGCUGCUCGAGAAGGAGUUGCUCGAGAUGGUGAACAGCGCCUUUGUGGUGCAGCUCGCUUACGCGUACGAGACCAAGACGCACCUGUGCCUCACCAUGAGCCUCAUGAACGGCGGCGACCUCAAGUACCACAUCUACGAGAUUGGCGAGCCGGGCCUGGAGAUGGCGCGCGUCCUUUUCUACGCCGCCCAGAUCACCUGCGGCAUGCAGCACCUGCACGCCCUGCGCAUCAUCUACCGCGACAUGAAGCCCGAGAACGUGCUGCUGGACGAAGCGGGUCACUGCCGCCUCUCCGACCUGGGCCUCGCCGUGCUGCUCAAGGACGACGGGAAGAACAUCACACAGAGGGCUGGCACCAACGGCUACAUGGCCCCCGAGGUGAUCAACGAGGAGGGAUACACCUACAGCUGCGACUGGUUCUCGCUGGGCUGCACCAUCUACGAGAUGAUCGCCGGGCGGACGCCCUUCAAGGACUACAAGGAGAAGGUGGCCAAGGACGAGGUGCGCCGGAGAACGCUGGAGGACAACGUGGCCUACUUCCACCGAAGCUUCUGCCCCAACUCCAAGAACAUCUGUGACCAGCUCUUGGCCAAAAAGCCGGCCAACAGGCUGGGCUGCCGCGGCGACGACGACAACCCUCGCAAGCACCCGUACUUCCAGAGCAUCAACUUCUUCCGGCUGGAGGCCAGGCUGGUGAAUCCGCCAUUCGUGCCCGACCCCGGCAAGGUGUACGCCAAGGACAUCAGCGACAUCAUGGAGUUUUCGGAGGCCAAGGGCAUCGAGAUCAACGAGAAGGACCAGAUGUUCUACUCGAAGUUCUCCACAGGCUGCAUCCCGGCAACUUGGCAGGAGGAGAUGAUCGAGACGGGCCUCUUCGAGGAGCUCAACGACCCCGACCGCGUCGUGCACGUCGAGAAGGACUCCACGAGCAAUGGCAACCGAUCGAGCACCUGCGUCCUGCUGUAG